AUGCCGUCCACCAUCCGCACCACCCACUGCCAGCUGGAGGGCAUGAUCACCAAGCCGCCGAAGAAGCGCACCCUCCAUGCGCAGGCGCGCAAGAACCGCAAGAAUCGCGGCUUGCUCAAGGACGUCGUGGUGAAGGUGCACAAGGUGCCCAAGAGCGUGAAGAACAUGCAAUUCCAGCAUGACAGAGCGCAGAAGCCUGUCCUCAACUCCAAGCCGCCACCCUCAUCUACUGCUGCACAGCCAGCAUCAUCUACGGCCUCUCGCAAGCGCAAGUCGGCAUCCGAGUCUGGUAGCAAUCAAGAAGCACCGGCCAACAAGAAGCUCAAGGCUGAGCACACCACAACCGCCGCCGCCCCCUCUUCUUCCGACACCGCCGCCGCUUCUCCCAACGCCACCUCCACAAUCUCUCGCAAGCGCAAAGCCGACGAUGUCGACGAGGAACCAGCCUCGAAGAAGCUCAAGACCGCGACCACCGACGCCGGCGACAAGAAGCCACAAGUCCCUACCAAGUCGCCAUACAUCCUCAAAGACAACGGCACGCACCGCACUUGCUUCCUCGAUCUUGCUGCCGAACUACGCAACAAGAUCUACACCCAGGCUAUGGACGAACGUCUCAACAUCAACCCACGUCAGGCAUGGGGCAACGAGCACCCGCUUCAGCGAACUUGCAAACUCAUCCGCUCCGAGAGCAACCUCCUAUUCCACUAUGUCACCUCCUUCCAGACGAACAAGCUCAAGCAUGCCUUCAUGUUCCUUCACAGUCGCACUCGAGAGCAGAAGCGCAGCCUAGCUAGCCUUCGUGUCUCCGUCCCGACCGCCACUCGCGCCGACGAGCACACCCUUCGGAGUGCGCGCCGCGCUUUGUAUGGCUUCAAGCGUACAUUCAAUCGCAAGGGAGUGCAAGAUACUGUUGUGCAGAUGCAGCUGCCGGUCUAUGACCCCAACCACGACAAGACCGAGUCGCAAUGGGUGUCUGUCAAGGAGCUGCCACUCUACGAGAUGAUGGCUGGUCGUCGUCGCAACGGUCGAGGCGGAUGGGAGAGAAUCCAAGUCACGGUGAAGAGACCCGACGACAACCAGUCUUGA